AUGAAUCUACUCUACUUUGUUAAUCUUAAUUCAACAUGUGAAGGUUUUAGACUGACUGAACACUUUAUAUUAUAUAGAAUAGGUUGUUGUUUAUCACAAUCAUUAUUAGGAAGCAUUGAGAAUGUUUCUAAUGAUCUAACUAUUCACUCAAAGGAUUUAGAGACGACAGUUGUAUUCACUGUAGAUAAUAGUAUUCUGAAACCAACAAUUGUAUUAACACUCUUGAAAGGUUCAGCAAACUUUAAUGAUAUUGUUUCUUCUACAAACAAUAAGGAUGUUAUAACUAUUUCAAAUUUAAUUUCGCCAACAACAAGCAAUGGACAAUCAACAACCACUAAUGGUGAAUUAAAUUCAUCAAAUAGAAAUGGUGUUGUAUCGAUCUACACAAUAAUAUCGCUUUUAUUCACUGGAUUAAUAAUGGGAGUCAAGAGUGGUAGUCCAGCCGAGAGUAGAAUGAAAUUCAUUGUCAUGUUUAUAGCGAUCUCAGUUGGUGUAUCAUAUACACUAAAUGCUGAUGAUAUUGCUAUAAAAAUAGAUAUUCGUGUUCCAACCAACUACCAAUUCAACUCAUUGACCUUGAACAUUGAAAAAGGAAAUUCAAUUGAUUUACAAUCGAUUCAAGCAUUAUCCUUAAACAUCAAUGCAUGUGUUGAUAGUAAAGUAAACACUUUAAUCAACUUGGAGAAUGCAAAAAUCGAUUCCUCAUUAUCGAUUUGUAGUCAUAAUAGUGUAAACAUCAAUGGACUUGCCAUUGCCAACCAAUCAACCAUUAAUAUUUUAACUUUGAAAUCUGCCACCAUUUCAUUUAAUGAUGUAUAUAGUGGAAAUAUUAAUUUAGAAACAAACGGUACACCUAAGAUCGAUGGUUUCUGUGAAACCUUUACCAACGGUAGAAAUUUAACUGGUACUUGUAACCAAUCAGUCACACCAACCCUGAACAGUUUGUAUGUCUCAGCAGCAGAUUCUAUUUAUUUGACUGUUGGUACCAAUCCAUUGUUAGUGCAAUGCUCAUCCGAUCCGACCUGGAGAGAACCCGUUGCUUCCGGAACUACUCCAUCUUCUCCAUCAAUCGUUACAUCCAAUCCCGAAACUGUCGUCCCAAUGAAUGUAAAUAGUCAAUGGCGUGUAAUGGCCGAGUGGGGGUUUGAUCAAUCUAAUCUAACUAUGGCCAGUGGUGUUUCCAAUGGUGUUAGUCUUUCCGGUGCCAUGAAUUUCACUACUUCAGUUUGGGGUCCAAAUAAUUUUAAUUUGGUUCUACGUAGUCCUGCUCCAGCUAUAAAACAAGGUAGACAAUAUUCAUUCGACUUUGAUUUCCUACUAGCUGCACCUCAGAGCACCUACAACACUAUCAAGAGUGUUUCCAUUGCCUUUGGAAACCGAAUUGAUACCGAGGGAAUCGGAUGGUUGGAUACCACCCCAAUCCAUGUUAGAUCAACCAUUCUCGGUGACUGGAGCUCCACAACCGCAUGGGUGUCGAAAACCAUCCAGUUUACUCCACCCUUUGAUAUUGGUGAUGCUUCACUUUUACUUCAAAUCAAUUGCACUGAUACUACCGGAGAUUAUCCAGUUACUUAUUUCAUUAGAAAUCCAAGAUUUAGAAUUACCUCUACACCUGUUGUUGCCAAUCCAACUAAUCUUCUAACCAAAGAUUCAGAGUUAGUUAUCCUUCCAAAACCUUCGGCAGCAUUCGAUCGUCAAGAUAGAACCACCUGUCCCUACUUACAAAGUGAUCUUAAACAUUGGCAUGACCCAGCUACUUGGGGUGGUGCAGUUCCAUCCGCUUCCUCUACCAUUACAUUGCCUGCAAACACUAAAGUCUUGGUUUCCUCUUGCUCCAUGUCAUCAACCCUUGUUUACCAGAAAAUUGUUGUUCCAGCCGGUAGUGAGUUAAUCUUCAUGGAUGCCGAUAUGACAAUAAAUGUUCGUGACAUUAUGGUGAAUGGAAAGCUCAUUAUUGGUACUCCACUCUGUCGUUACAACGGUAAAAUCAAUAUCAUUUUCAACGGUGCCAAAACUCUGACCGACACAAUUGGAACUUUUUUCGGUAGCAAAGGAAUUGCUGUUUCUUCACAAGGUUUCUUGAGUAUCAAUGGAAAACAGUACCACAAUACUUGGACAAAACUUGCUGCAAGUGCAUGGCCUGGAGAAAGGGUAGUCUACUUGAUGGAUCCGGUCAACUGGGAGGUCGGACAACAAGUUGUCGUCACAACAACUCAACUGUUUGACGAUGAUAGAGCCGAUGAAAAUGAAGUACUGACCAUUGCCGCCAUUCAGGGUAAAACCGUUCAAUUCACACAGCCAUUAAAGUAUCUUCACUAUGGAGGACAAGAAUACCAAGCAGAAAUUGGUCUAAUUUCAAGACGUAUCGUUCUCAAAGGUGCAUCGGAUAGUGAUGCCAGUGAAUUUGGAGGUCAUGUCAUGAUGAUGGGAGAAGGACAGAUUUCAGGUGUUCAGCUUACGAAAAUGGGACAAAAGAAUAUCAAAGCAAGAUAUCCACUUCAUUUCCAUCUUGCCAAGACACUUUCACGUUCAUUUAUCUCUGAUUGCUCUGUCUAUGAUUGUUUCUACCGUUGUUAUACUAUUCAUGGAACCAACAAUGUAACAGUUACCAGAAAUGUAGCUUUUAAAACAUUUGGACAUUGUUACUAUUUAGAGGAUGGUGUAGAGGAAAACAAUACUCUUUCUUACAAUUUUGCUGCCAGAGUCAAUACUAUUGGUAGACCAGCCGAUGGUGCUGCACAAAAGGGUGAAACCUUCUAUGAGAGUGACCAAUUGAGACAACCUGCCGAUUCUGCUGCUGGUGGAUUCUAUAUCACCAAUGCCUAUAAUACCUUUAUUGGUAAUGCUGCUUCUGGUGGAUGGGCUGGAUUCAGCUUCCCAAAUCUAUUUAAACCAAUUGGAAACUUUAGAAACGAUACAUCCAAUCCCUCGGGUAGACCAAUAUUGGUGUUCGAUGGAAACUCUGCGCAUUCAUCGGGUUAUACUUGGCUUGAAAGUGGUGGUGCCAUCUACGUAGGUGGUAAUCUCUCACAUAGCACUGUUACAGGUGACUUGAUCUACUACACCGGUAGAACAUUUAGAGAUACUAGAUCGGUGAACAACAUUCCCGUAUGGAUGAGAUAUACUAACACCAAGGUAUUCCUCUCAAACAGUGGAGUCAAUCACUGGGGUGAAAGAAUUGAAAUCGUCGGUCUGGAAUCACACGACUGUCACAGACCGGCAACUAUAUUCGGUCAAGCAUUACUCUCAAAUGCCAUUGUGAAUGGUCAAUCGAAAAACCCUCUAUCCAUGUUCAAAACCGACUAUCUCUUUGAUAGACAAGGAUUCCAAUUCUACGAUACUCACGUACAGACUAUUCUUUCGAAUAUUCAAUUUAGAAACUAUGUUAUGAUACCUGAGAGCUCUAAUCCUCAGCGUGAUAACCGUGUUCUUGUAUCGAUGACACACAGUGAUAUCUUUAAACCACAGGGUAUUUCAGCAACCAAGAAUUUUUCUUUUUCUAAUGUUGCAGAUUCUCAGAUUAUCGGACACUAUACUGCUCAAGAUACGGGUGCCGCAAGAUUCUAUAACUUUAUUGAUCACGAUGGCUCCACUACUAAACGUGGACGUCCAACUAUUGUUGGUUCGCAUAUCAAUUGGUGGAAUUUCGAUUCCACUUGCACCUGGAGUGCAUUGUGGUCUGUGUGGUUGUGCGACAAGACCGUAAACAAUGAGAUAGCCAACGUCGAGAUCUACGUACCCGACUACAUAUACUACGACGAAGACAGAACCGAUUGGAGUUAUGUAGGAACUGCAUCACUCUUUGGAAAUGGUUUGGCAAAUAGCGAUCGUCGCUCAACUCCAUUCACUAGAAAUCCAGGCUUGACAGGUGUUUCCGUAUUGAGUAGCAGUAGCUCCAACCUAGGUUGGUACCUCUACUUCAACGGUGGAAAGACACCCUCUUACAUGGAGGCUAAAUAUAUCUGGUGGGACAUCUAUGAUGUCAAUGUGACUGCAGGUAAUUCCGUAAGCCAAGUUCGUAACUCUCCUACCUCUGACAAAUACUACUUUGAUGGUAAACACCUCUAUCUCAAGCUUAUCAAUGUUCGAGCAUCGGGUGCACCAGAAGAAACCUUUACCAGAGACGGAGUCACCAUCUACACAAUAGAGUGGUCUGUCUUCUAUUACAUCACUGCUAAAUGUACUGGUGUUGCCAAUGGUUUCUGUCCAUCAACUCCAGAUAUUCUUCCAUCCUUAUAA